AACAAAACUCCAUUUCGAAUCCGCGGCCUGAAGACCAAAUGGCCGGAGUGUCGAUCGUCACCGCCGCGUGGGGCGCCGUGAUGGCAGCCGUGGCGUUGUUAGCGGGGGCUGCAGGGGCCGGAAUCGGGGUGAAUUGGGGAAUAAUGGCGUCGCACCCUCUGCAUCCGAACAUUGUGGUGAAAUUGCUGAAAGAUAACGGGAUUAAAAAAGUGAAGCUGUUCGAUUCGGACUCAUGGACUGUGAGUUCGUUGAGUGGUUCGAAAAUUGAGACCGUCAUUGGUAUCCCUAACGAUCAGCUUAAGAAAUUUGCAGGCAGUUACGAUGACGCUAAAGAUUGGGUUAAAGAAAACGUUACCGUUCAUAUGUUUGAAGGCGGCGUUGAUAUCAGGUACGUGUCAGUCGGAAACGAAGCUUUCUUAACGGCUUACAAUGGAUCCUUCCUGAAUUUCACAUUUCCAGCCAUGGUUAACAUACAGAAAGCUCUCGACGCCGCCGGCCACGGCCAAAAAGUCAAGGUCACAACUGCCCUCAACGCCGACGUCUACGAAUCCAGGUCCAACCUACCUUCCGACGGCCAAUUCCGAUCAGACAUUUUCAGUGCAAUGAAAGACAUAGUCCACUUCCUCGAUCGCAACAAAGCCCCUUUCAUGGUCAACAUUUACCCUUUCCUCAGUCUUUACCAAAACCCUAAUUUCCCCCUCGAUUACGCCUUCUUCGGCGACGGAAAACCCACCAUCGACAAGGGCAGAACCUACACCAACGUCUUCGACGCCAAUUACGACACACUAAUUUGGUCAUUGAAGAAAGUCGGCAUCUCCGACUUGAAAAUUAUCGUCGGAGAAGUCGGCUGGCCAACUGACGCCAACAAAUUCGCGAAUCUAACAUUGGCAAAACGAUUCUACGACGGACUGUUCAAGAAAUUGGCCUCUGACGAAGGAACUCCGAUGAGGCCAAAUGAGAAAUUCGAGGUCUAUUUGUUCGGGCUUCUAGAUGAGGAUAUGAAAAGCAUUCUGCCAGGCUUUUUCGAGCGACAUUGGGGGAUUUUCCGAUUCGACGGAAAGCCUAAAUUUCCGAUGGAUUUCUCAGGGAAAGGGAACGACAAAAUGCUGGUGGGGGCGAAAGGCGUGCAGUAUUUGGAGCGAAAAUGGUGCAUUGUGAAGCCAAGUUUGAAGAAUUUGGAUGAAAUUUCGAGCGAGGUGGAUUACGCUUGUGCUCAUGCGGACUGUACGAGUUUGGUAUAUGGAUCGUCGUGCAACCAUUUGGAUCGGAGAGGGAAUAUUUCGUAUGCGUUCAAUAUGUAUUAUCAGAUGCAGGAUCAGAGUGUGGAGGCCUGCGUUUUCAGUGGAUCGGCCGAGAUUGUGACCAAAAAUGCGUCGGUUGGGACCUGUUUGUUUCCGAUCCAGAUUGUCAGCGCCGGAGAGAGGUUGAAGGCGGUGGCGGCGGCCAUGGUUGGUAUUGUGUUGAGCUUGUUUGCGCUAGGGCUGUGAAAGAAGCUUUUUCGGUUUCUUUUUGGAGGAGGUCCGUAUUUCAGAUUUGAGUUAGAGAGGGAUGUGUCGAUGAAGGACAGAUGAAGAGUUCCCACAGGUGCUUGGCCAAAUUUUAUCAUCCGGAUGGUAUGCUCGUUUCACAAUUUGGCCAAAUUUUAAAGUUUUGCUUGCAAGCAAAAUACAAGGGUUUUGCAAUUUGGUGUGAUUUGUGAGCAAAGAAGAACAACUUUGCAAUUUUGUGCGAGGAAAAUCAUUUUGUGAUCUUGUUGGGUUUAAUGAUU